AUGCACUUUGUCUCUGUUGCACCAUUCGCUACGGCGGCAGCGUUUGCACUGUGUGCGUCGAGCGCCAGCGCUGCUCCGAUCACUUUCUCGAACGCUUUUGGCUCGACCGUUGCGUCCCCUCUACACAAAAGAGCCGACGGAUACAAGGACCCCAAAUCGGGGGGAGGCUCUAGCCUAGGCCUCUUCCCGGACAAUGCCAGUGGGGAACCCCUUAAUGUUAUCGUGUCGGGCAAGUCCUCUGCCGAGAUUCUCUCCGAAGACGGUUUCAAGGCUUGGUACAACGCGAUCGGCUUCAACCGUGAGUCUGGCCACAUGACGUGAAGCUCAAAUCUAUCGUCCAGGCGGCUAAAUGGUCGCGCGAUUCACAUUGCGCGGCCAGGCGAGUGCUUUGGCAUCCACUCUGGCACCAAGAUGCAAGCCAAUCUCGGCGACGGCCAAGGUGAGAGCGUAUCGCACACAGGUAUUAGCAUGUUGUGCGUCUGACGCGGCCUUGACUACCCAGGACUGCACGACCAACAAGACGAGGUGCGCGAAUCCUAUGGUGAGGACACGACGAGCGGUUCGUGCUUCGAAUCCCUCGUCGGUGGCAACCACUUCCGCUACUGGCAGCAAGCCGGCACCAACGCCUGGUUCCUUGCAGCUUCCGUUGAGAAGGACGUGUCGCAAAAGCAUGAUGUGGUCGAGGAUGGCUACAACAAGGGCAGAGACGAAAUUGUCGGCUUGGCAACUCAGGGCGCUGACUCGGAUGACGGCAAACACUAUGCUGCUACCGUCAAGUACGUGACUGGAUUGCUGCCCACAGGCACCAACGGCAUCAACCAUGGUGACGAGGGCGUCGGCGUGGAUGGCAAGACUGCCGUCAUCACCGUCACUGUUUCCUAA